AUGCACUAUAAUGACCGAACGGUGGCAGAACUUCGACAAAACAGAAAAGGCGAAUCUUUUGUUUUCCCAGAACUUAUAAGUACCAUCCCCUUCGAGAAUGGCCGAGUACCCGAGUUCACGGAGGAGUUACAUCAUGUCGAGGAUGAUUGGGAAUAUUUCCAUUGCCUAAUCCCACAAAACGACCCCCUGGAUAGAUACGACUGCACCGUCUCAUCACAAGAGCUCAUUUCACUAUUUAAUAUCGCACUCAGAAAGUUGAUUUCUGGACAAUCGCACAGAAAACAUGAGAGCGAGAAUGAGUCCGAGGAAACGGAGUUCCAACCUCUAUCUCAGAUUGCACCUUCGGUCUUCAACCCGGGAUACCGCGAAGCCAUGAGUCAGCGAUCCCAGUUUAUCCCAUCACUUGCCAAAUCCAUGGCAUCGAUCUUCAACUUUAACCGCGACCAACGUCUACAACAAAUGGUUAAUGAGCCUAGAUUCGCACAUCAGCAUCAACUAGACGAUUCAUUUCCGGACACAAGUACGGUGAACAUAAGACGGAAAUUUAGAGUUUCUCUUUGGAUUAUUGCAAGGAAACAACUCUACAAGCCUCACAAUUCACAAAAGUUCAGCCCGCUAUGGCCUGAAAUGAACUCCAGAGGAAAAGAUGAGAAGUUCGAUGAUGAGGUUCUCGUUGCUGAAUCCCCAACAGAUCAAAGCAUGUAUCUUGAUGAUAAUUGUGUUACAGAACACGUGGACUCAGAUUACUAUCUAGGUACUGACGAAGGAGACUAUGAUUUAUAUAGUGUACACGAGACAAGCUCACUCCUGACCAUUGACGAGAGGUUCAGCGAUUGUUCUGUGGGAAUAAUUGAUCAUAAUGAUACCGAUGCGGAACUAACGGAAUGCGAUGAAGUGCCCGCAGAGUGGUUGGCCAUGAAAUGCUUGUAUCUGAUGAUUUCGGAUGUCCAAUGA